AUGCACCUGGCCGCCGGUGUGGUGCUCCUUGUGAACCUCGUGAAUUCGGAUACCUACCUGAAGAAUUGUGCCCUGCCCGAGUCCUGUCUGCGGAUCCCAUCUCCCGGAAAGCCUGUUCACUCCUCCUCACCACUUACUACGGUCACCUCAACUAUGGUUGUAGAUACCAUUGCCGGUAUCCACCCGGAUGUGGAACUGCCCCUAUCUGUCCGAUCGGCAACACGAUCACUACACCUCGCCGAUCCAUUAUUUUAUAAACCCGGACAAAUAGAUGUUUUAUUAGGAGCCGAUGUUUUUGGAUCUCUUUUACAAUCCGACGUAAUUCAACUACAACCCUGUGGUCUAACAGCUAUAUCAACAAAUUUUGGUUACAUCCUAUCUGGGCCAGUUACGAAUUUCCCUACCUCAAAGCCCCCUAUGACUGCCCUCUCUUUAACUCAAGUCGUUGAGCGAUUCUGGAAAAUAGAGGAACCCCCUGAACCACCUCAACCCAACCCUUUAGAUAUUGAAUGUGAGACACUUUUUAAGACCACCACUACUAGAAACUCUGACGGUACCUUCGUAACCAGAUUGCCCUUCUUAAGUGAUCGUCCCUCCCUCGGUGAGACCCGCGGCAUAGCUGAAAAAAGAUUCCUUAACUUAGAGAAGCGGUUACAAAUGAACCCACGGCUAAAAUCAAAAUAUAUUGAAUUCAUGCGCGAAUAUCAGAGUUUAAAUCACAUGUCAGUAUCCUCCGUAGAUUUGCGUUCAGUAGAACAUUAUUAUGUACCCCACCACGGAGUAUUUAAAGCUUCUGACAGUGAAAAGCUCCGCGUAGUUUUUGAUGGCAGCAGUAAAAGCUCGAACGGAAUAUCUCUUAAUGAGUGUUUACACACAGGUCCCAAGUUACAGCGAGAUAUUACCCACAUACUUCUAAAUUUUCGUAGGCAUGCAAUUGUAUUUGUUACUGAUAUCCGUAUGAUGUUUCGAAUGUCGUGGAUACAUCCCGAGGACAGGCGGUUUCAGUUAAUUUUAUGGCGCGAGUCCCCUUCGGAACCUCUCCUUACCUAUGAACUUAAUACCAAUACCUAUGGCUUGCGAUCAAGUCCCUAUAUUGCGAUUCGCGUACUUCUUGAACUGGCGGAACAAGAACGCUCCAAGUACCCUCGCGCAGCUGCGGUAAUUGAAUCCGACGUGUAUGUUGACGAUUGCCUGACAGGAGCCUCAACUCUUGAAGAAGCUCGUGACCUUAAAAUUGAAUUACAAUCUGUAAUGCGUGCCGGCGGUUAUGAACUGCGGAAAUGGCUUUCAAACAAGCCAGAAUUGUUAAAUGACCUCCCCCCUGAUUACCUCCAACCCCUUCAUACAAUCCGAGAUGUUGAAAAUCCCCAAACAGUAGCGGUCCUUGGAGUCCAGUUCAAUCCCGUGACUGACGCAUUCACAUAUACGACGCGCGUAGACUGUGAUAAAUGCCCUACUAAACGAAAGGUGCUAUCUCUGAUAGCUCGUACCUUUGACCCCAGCGGUUGGAUUUCACCCAUCGUGUUUAAAGCCAAGGUUUUUAUACAGCGGCUAUGGCUUUCGGGCCUUGAUUGGGAUGCCCCACUUACUCCAGAGCUAACGACCGAAUGGUUAACAUUUACUGAGGAACUGAUGAGUACCAUACAACAGAUUUCAAUACCUAGAUGUAUUUUCCCCCCGAAACCUCAGACUUAUACUUUACAUGGUUUUAGUGACGCCUCAGAGGCCGGAUUCGCUGCCGUAAUCUAUCUUCGCGCUGUAGAUCAGCAAAAUAAUUCCUCCGUUCAUUUGUUAAUGUCCAAGACAAAGGUCUCCCCAGUUCGGACCCGUCUCACAAUUCCAAAAUUGGAAUUGCAGGGAGCUGCGCUCCUUUCAAAAUUAGUCCAACACGUUGUCUCCUGUCUGCAGAAGUCAAUAGUGUUAGACGCCAUCUAUACUUGGACGGAUAGUCAAAUUACUCUUGCCUGGCUUAAUACUUCACCACAUGAACUUCAAACUUUCGAAGCUAAUCGCGUAUCUCAGAUUAAAAAUGCUGAAAUCCCAUCAAUAUGGAGACAUGUUCCCGGCAGUCUUAACCCUGCCGACUGCGCCUCCCGGGGUUUAUCCCCUCGUGCGCUCCUAAAUCACCCACUCUGGUGGUGUCCGAAGUGGUUGCUAGAGCCACCAUCUAGUUGGCCAUCUGACAAAUUGUGCCCGAUCGCACAACUUCCUGGACUACGUUGUCUCUUAGUCACCAGUGCAAGUUGCAUUCCAAGUCCUGACUUUCUCCUAGAACGCUUCAGCUCAUUCCAGAAACUAAUUGGCACAAGGCCUAAAUGGGCAUCACAUACAGAGCCCCCCGUCGUUGGGGACUUAGUACUCCUUAGAGAAGAGAAUGUUCCUCCGUUAGAAUGGCGACGCGGUCGCAUCAUAUCAAUCCGUCCUGGGAAGGACGGCGUUGUGCGCGUGGUACAAGUCCGGACGGCUACCGGCGUACUGACCAGGCCCACCAAUAGGAUUAUUCGUUUACCCGUUGAUAAACCUGUCAAUUAA